UAAUGUACCAAUAAACACACAAAGUCCGCUCUGUUUACUAGCUGACCUGUAGACGGUGAACAGCCUCAUUCUGUGCGAUAAGAAACGAUAAUUUUACUGUAAAUUCAGACUUCAGAUAAAUAUUGAUAACAUCAAAAUGUAGAGCACACCGUCCCUGAAGAACACUGAGGACUGAGAGAGAAAGAGAGAGAGAGAGAGAGAGAGAGAGGAGCUGUGUGUGGUGGAGCGCUAGAAGUUGCAUUGCAGGGGUGGGACUCCUGCAUUCUCUCUCUCUCUCUCUCUCUCUCUCUCUCUCUCUCUCUCUCUCUCUCUCUCUCUCUCUCUCAGCUCGUAGAUGCGGUAGAAGAGCGGGGUCUUCAGUUCGGCUCGUACAGAAACAGACCGGACAAACCAGCAGAGCGGCAGCAGCGUCCACCAUGUCCUCGUGAGGCUGAGGUCCGCGUGUUGAUGGAGAGAGGCGCGUGAGGGCUGCAGGAGGGAGAGCGGACUUUCCCCCUUCGUUGCACCAAACAGAAACUCCUCCAAGGCAGCGGGACCAUGUCCUCAGUACACGGGGACAUCUCUGACUACCAUAUCAGCGUGGUCCGUGAUCCGCCUGCCUGGGAGGUUGGUGUGUAUGUGCUGGGGUUUCUUAUUCUGCUGGUUGUAGUGGGACUAAACCUGUGGAAGCUAUGGAAGUCUGGCUCUUUCCCUGCUCCCUCUCCGUACCCCAAUUUUGACUACCGCUACCUGCAGGAAAAAUAUGGAACCUCCUACUCGGAAGUCAGACAGAAGUGCAUUGCAGCCUCUAACCACCGGAGGGCGUCAACAGCGAGUCGUAAACCCAGCCUGCAGCUAGCCGACACGCCUGAUGGUUUCCGGGAGCUGGGGACGCUGGAGUUGAUGAGCCGGGAGCUGGACCAGAGUGGAGGCACCCUGAACCGCUCGAUCUCCACUGAUUCACUCUGCUCCAUCUCAUCCAUCGCCCACACCUUCGGCCACGACUUCACUGUGGGCCAGCUGGAGGUGACGCUGGAGUUUGAGGCACAUGCCUCCCUGCUGCAUAUCACCUUGCACCAGGGCAAAGACCUGCUGGAGAAAGAGGAGGAGAACUUCCCCGGUUGCUACAUCACCAUCACUUUGCUACCCGACGAGAUCAACGUGGGCGUCACAAGGGUUCAGAGCAACGCUUUCACUGUGCUGUUUGAUGAGCGCUUCUCCGUCCCGCUGGAUCCAGCGAUCUUGGAUGAUAUCAGCCUGCGUUUCGCUGCAUUCGGGGUGGAUUUUGACGAACGGAACAUCAGUGCAGGAGUGGCUGAACUUAAACUGUCCGAUUUGGACCUGUCCAUCCGACCAUUCAACGCCUGGCUCUACCUGCAGGACAUUAAUAAGGCGGUGGAUGCUGUGGGGGAGGUUCUGUUGUCUCUCAGUUACCUGCCCACUGCGGAGCGCCUCACUGUGGUCGUGGCUAAAGCAAAGAACCUGGUCUGGACUAACGGCAAAACCACAGCAGAUCCCUUUGUGAAGGUUUACCUUCUCCAAGACGGCAGGAAGAUCAGCAAGAAGAAAACCUCCAUAAAGAGAGAUGACACUAACCCUAUCUUCAAUGAGGCUAUGAUUUUCUCUGUGCCUGCCAUUGUGCUCCAGGACCUGUCUCUGAGAGUAACAGUGGCCGAGAACACAGAGGAUGGUCAUGUGAUCAUCGGACCAGAGGCCAGUGGCAUGGGCAUCACACACUGGAACCAGAUGCUGGCGACGCUGCGAAAACCCGUCUCCAUGUGGCACCCGCUGAGGAGGACCUAACCUGAUCCGAAUGGUGCCUAAUGUCUCAGUGACCCAACCUGAAAGACUUGCAAAAAAGGUCAAGAGAGCGUCUUUUUCAGGAAAAAAAUCAUUGUCUUUUUAAAGCAGUGGUACAGUCAGAGCCACAGAGCGGAUCUGUUUCUGUAACAGAAGGACUGAGACUCGGCCUGCCUCUGCUUUAAAUCCCAGGUCCUUUUAUUCAGGUUUAAUUGGUAUUCAUUUGUAGCAGUUCUAACAGGGUGGCUGACCAGAAAAAGAAGGCUGGAAAGUGCCAGUCAACACUGCAUUGUAGUCAUUUGUUCAGUUGUGCAGUUGUGUUACAAUUUGCUGUAGCCACUUUCUAUUCAUGUGAAGGUUAUUUAUUAUUAAUGUUUUAAUUAUUAUAAUUGUUAUUAUUAAUCAGUGUUUGCUUUUAUACUCAGUAAAUAGCAAUAGAUUAGUGUGUGUGUAUGUGUGUGAUGGUCAAUUCCUUUUCCUUACUCCCUGAGAGUGCAGUAGUUCAAAAAGUGUGAACAAUGGUGGAAUGCUCAGCAUUAUGAUAUAAUUAAUGUUUUCUUUUUUACUUAUUACAUGCAUCUUUGUGUUUUCCUGCAUUUAAUCAUAAACCAUGUCUUUUUGUCAUGGUUUUUGACUUAAUUAAGAUUACUUCAAUUCACACAGAAUUUUGGUAGCAUUCAACUCACAUCAAGGUGGAAAAGUACCGGUAGUCUUUUCCUCCAUUCAUUAUUGACUACAAUGGGUAGUUUGGCAAUAAAGAUUCCCUCCUUCAACAGAACGUCACUUAACACAUUUACACCCAAAAGCAAAAGAAGCAUUCUGUCACAUGGCUGUUGAGCCACUGUUGAGGUUUUUCUAAGAACAAAUACUCAAGUAAGCAGGUACAUGUUUUCUUAAAGUGGCUGUACUUUACUGGCCUGUAUUAAAGUAUCUCAGUGCAGAGUCGUUUCAUAACUAACACACAGCUUCAUCCUGUGCCAAACUCACCACUAGAGAAGCAAUAUUUUCAUUUAAGGCUUGAGUCUACAUUUAAUGUUUGUGAUCUUUGAUGAGGUUAAAAAGUAAAACAAAAAAGAAUAAUACUUUUACAAUGCAUGAUGUGUUAUGCAUAUAGCAUUCUGAUGUUCAAACUCUUUAAAUAAAUAAAUGAUUCAGA